AUGUUGCGAUCCCUGCGCGAGCCGCCAACGUUGAGCGCGGCCUGGAAUGAGGACUACGACCAAAAGGCGGCGGAAUGGUUCGAGUUGUUUCUAGACCUCAUGAUGGUCGCAGUAUGUUCGGACAUUGCCCGCAAACUCCAAGCCAACUUGGACGGCGGGGGAGUGGCUCAUUUUGUGGUGCUGUUUUGCCUCUACUUCAGCACGUGGCAGCUGUACACCCACUACAACUCGCGAUUCAAUGAGAACAGCCUGUUGCAUUACAUGCUGCUCUUUGGGCUGCUUUGUGGAUUUGGAGGCAUGGUUCUCUCCAGUGAACCCGGCUCCGUCUUUGCCCUUGGCCUGCUCAUCACCCGACUUGCCAUUGCAGGCAUGUACAUCAACACGUUUUUGCUCAUGCCCGCGGCACGCGACUACCUUACCACAGAGAUGGCCAUGAUUGCAGUCGACAUCAUCGCCUUGGCAGCGUGUUUGGUGCUGCCCGGGUUGGGUCUGACUCCAUCGUACCUCGUGCUGCUUGUCGUUGCUGUUUUUGUGCGGCCUAUAGUCACUCUCACGCGAAGCACGACCACCGACUCCGCGUUGCGCAUUGCCGUCAACAUUGAUCACUACAGCGAGCGCUGUGGGUGUAUGGUGCUGGUUGUGUUGGGCGAAGCAGUCCUCAAGUCCAUCCUGAACCUCGAACAAAGUGGCAAGGGGGCCACGACUCAGUUCUACUCGACAAUGGUGCUUUCACUGAUGGUUAUCUUUGCUCUCGCUAUCUUUUACUUUGGCACUCAGCCCCCUCGAAGCCUCCAUGCCAUGCGACGCUCCGUUUGGGCUGGCCUCGCGUACAUGUAUGUGCAUUACGUGCUGCUCGCGGCCUUGUUAGGGUUUGGAGUUGGCGUUACCAUCGUGGCAAACGAUGUUAAGGAGGACGUGCCGGUCCACGACGGUGCCCACGUGUGGCUGAUAUUUGGGUCCAUUUCGAUUUCCAUGGCCGGAAUUCUCUGCCUUCGACUGCUACACUUUGGAGGCCGAAGUAUCAAAGAUACCGACCCCACAAUCGUCAAGCAGCUCAAAGUCAUGUGGUGGAGCUUUACAUUUGCAUCCCCAUUGCUGUCGGUGGUGUGUGCGCUGGUGACGCUUACCGUGUUCCCAAAGCGAGUGGACUCGAUCGUGUUGUUAGCGAUUGCGUUUGGAUCGCUCUCGUUGCAGUUAUUUGGGGAAGGCGCGGUGGUUCACCAUUUGAGCGUGCAUGGACAAGAGCAUGUCUGCAGUGGCACCGACGAGUGCGUCCCUGCCACGUCGAACGAACAGAGCUUUUUGUCCCGCGACAGCACGGGGUAA